AUGCUGCCCUCCGGGGCAUCGACGACAGCCGGUUUGCCGCAACAACGUUACCGCAUACUUGGCCUCAUCCUCUUCCUUACCAUCAUGGUAUUGAAGUGUGUCUGUGGUCAGACUCGCGAGAACCCAUCUACCCUCCGGAGGCACGAAGCAACAUGUGAAGAAUACCGCACACAGAUAGCACAGCUUGCAAAGCCUGGAACAAGCACCGUGUCCGAGACCAGCAACGGCCCACGUUUACCAGGCCUUACCAGCAGACGACGAGGGAAGGGCUAUAGUGACCCACAAAGAGGAGUACCACGGCACCCUACUGGAGCCGGCGCGGAAUUGGAUCCAGCUCCCGGCUCCUCUGGGCUGCAACCUAUGCCUUCACCCGACUUAAAUUUGGAAUCGACUACGUUAUCGGCAGUCAAUACUCCUCAGCCAGAUCCCCCCGCCGCCGCCGCCCCUCCGCCUCCGCCUCCGCCGCCGCCUCCACCUCCACCUACCAAUAAUCCCCCACCGACCACUCAACGUCCCAAGCGGACGGCUCGUCUCCCUGCUCGCUAUCGGGAGGAACUUCCCGAGCAACUUGUACCUGCCCAAAAUCUCGAGCAAACUUCGAUGCCCGAGCCAGAAGAACCCGUCAGUGUACAUCGAGUGCAUCUUAUCGUCCGAGACACAUUCCGGACAGUCGUCAAUCGAUUCCAUCUCUGGCGCUCUUAUCUUCACCGCCCAAGCUAUGACCCGGAUACUCUUCUCCGUUCUGACGACCUUUGCGAUUACUUCACACCCCCAUACGAUGUCAACGGACAACUGCCAGCCCCAUCGAAUCUUCCAGCCCCACCGGCUAGUACAUUGUCUGUCAACACAUCGGCAUCACUAUUGCUUGGCUGGCAGAACAACGGCCAUACGACCAAGUCGACCAGUCAGCUAAACGCUCUUGUCUCGGAUGUACUAUUGCAUCCUGAGUUCAAUGUCAGUGAUUUGCGUGGAUUUCGCGCAGAGCAGGCAGAGAAGGCUGCGGAGAAGGCUGCGGAAGAGGCGUUUCCGCUACUCCAACAGUUCCAGCAGACCAGUGUCGAAAUCGAAGUACCGUCUGGCUCUGCAAGUAUCCCCUCCCGUAUGAUUGCAGUCCCUGGCUUGUGGUACCGCAGUCUUAUGUCGGUAAUCAAGCUAGCCUUCGCAGACCCGUUAUCUCGCCACUUCCAUUACACCCCAUUCAAACUCUUUCAUCGAGUUCAGAGUACAGGCGAAGACAUUCGUGUCUUCAGCGAACUGUACAAUUCUGAUGCUUUUAUUGAGGAGCACGAUAACGUACGGUUUCACGCUGAACUCCCGCCAGACGAACCAGACUGUAAACUCGAAAAGACAGUGGCGGCGCUUAUGUUUUGGUCGGACUCCACGCAUCUCGCCAACUUUGGGACAGCAAAGCUAUGGCCAAUUUACCUUCUUUUCGGGAACCUCUCAAAAUUUUUUCGCGAUAAGCCAAGUUGCAGCGCCCGAACAUCAUGUUGCGUAUAUUCCAUCGGUCAGUUUCUUAACGAACAUUCUACAACGGACGCUGACGGCUCACAUUUUAAGCUUCCCGACUUUAUCCAAGACAUCAUCUCUGAAUUCCACGUUAAAUGGCGAACUCAGAAAGAUGAUAUCCUGACACACUGUCGACGGGAACUGAUGCACGCAGUAUGGAAAUUCCUUCUCGAUGAUGAAUUUCUUCACGCAUAUCGAUAUGGAGUGGUAAUUAGAUGUGCCGAUGGUGUCGAACGGCGAGUAUACCCUCGAAUAUUUACAUAUUCUGCAGAUUAUCCAGAAAAGGUGCUGCUCGCAACCGUUCGGGAUGGCGGCUUAUGUCCCUGCCCGCGUUGUCUCAUCCCCAAGAAAGAGAUGCAUCUCAUGGGUUUUGUGCGUGAUAUCAGUGCUCGUAUUGGCUCGAAAAUACGCCAUUAUCUAACGUCAGCGGUCAAAAAUGCUCGAGAUAAAAUCUAUCGUCUGGCGUAUGGCAUUGGCUCAACUGCUGUCGAGGAUUUAUUGAAGGAAACUUCGUCGGUCCCAACCAAGAAUGCAUUUAUCGAGAGGCUCGGCGAUGACUUUCAGCUUCACCGAAUGCUUGUCGUUGAUCUCAUGCAUGAGUUCGAGCUCGGCGUCUGGAAAAAUACAUUCACACAUCUUAUUCGGCUCCUUCACGCGCAGCCAGAUGGGACAGAGCUUGUGAGCGAGCUCAACAGACGUUAUCGGCUUAUACCCACUUUUGGGCUCGAUACCAUCCGUCGCUUCCCAAAUAAUGCGUCGGAAAUGAAGAAGCUGGGCGCACGGGACUUCGAAGACCUCUUGCAAUGUGCAGUUCCGGUUUUCGAUGGCCUCUUCCCCGAAGAGCACAAUAGCCGGAUUUUGAAGCUGCUUUAUCGUUUGGCUGAGUGGCAUGCUUUUGCAAAGCUCCGAAUGCAUACAGAUCCAACCCUUGAACAUCUGCGGCUUUUAACACCCGAAAUUGGCCGCCUCAUGCGCGACUUCAAAAGGACUACGUGUGCGGCUUUCGAAACGUAUGAGCUGCCACGAGAACAAAAUUCGCGCAACAGACAAAAGGCCGCAACCGCCGCAAAGCGGGCCGGACGUGCGACGACGUCCCAACUGGAUUCCGAGCCACAAAAGAUCAGCAAAAAGCGCAAGACACUCAAUUUAAACACAUAUAAGUACCACGCAAUGCCCGACUACGCACCUACAAUUCGCCUCUUCUCGACUUCAGAUGUUUAUUCAACUCGUUUGGGAGAAAGUCUUCACCGACUUGUCAAGCGCUUGUAUUCCGUAACCAGCAAGCGCGACCAUGCGCCGCAAAUUGCAAGGCGUUUUAUGCGAAUGCAGCGCGCUCGGUGGUCUCAAGCAGUCGAAGGCUAUAAAGCUCGGACCCAGAAUCGACAGCCGGGCAAGCGGAAUACAGGGCCACGUCGAAUGAAGCGGUCUGAAAUGUUUUUCGCCGAUCCAUACGGCGCCAAAGCUCUCGAGAUCCAUCACUGUAUCAGCUUGUCACGCCGCAAGCCACUCAACCUGUAUACAGACUUCAAACCCACUGACUCAGAUCCUGCAAUGAAGCACUUCAUUCCUCGCCUACAAGAUCAUCUACUUGCUCGCAUUCUCAACCUCGCAUUCGAUGGCGAUGAGCAUACUUUCUCAGAUGCCGAUCGCCGCACAGUCGACAUACGCGGAGACAAGAUCUAUGCUAAUAAGCUAUUUCGGGUCAACUAUACAACAUACGACGUUCGCCGAGACCAGGACGUUAUGAACUCCGGCGCUCUGCCCUUCGUAAUGGUCCACUCCCCCAAUGCCGGACAUCCUGGUGCUCAUCCAUAUUGGUACGCGCAAAUCCUCGGCAUCUUCAACGCAACUGUCUCUCUCGUCUCAAACACAACUCGGACGACGCCAAGUCGGAUGGAGUUCCUUUGGGUUAGGUGGAUGGGGGAAGAGCCAUGCUAUGUGGCGGGUCUCCGGGAGGGUCGCCUACCCAUGGUGGGAUUUGUUCCGGACACCGAUCCAGCCGCAUUCGGAUUUCUUGACCCAGAGCAUGUCGUUCGCGGGGCACACUUGAUGCCCGUCUUCUGUCGUGAUCGCACAACGGAGCUUCUGCAGACACAGCAAAAGACAGCUGCACGACUGUCAAGCGAGAAGAGCGACUGGAAUAACUUCUACGUGGGCAUAUUUGCCGACCGCGACAUGGUGAUGCGGUAUGUCGGUGGUGGUAUAGGUCAUCUCGAUCGCGGCCACGGAGAGCUGAUGGUAGAGGACGCAACACAUGAAGAAGAGGGCGAUAUUGAAGACGUCGAGGAGCGGCCCGGAAGCACAGAGAGUGAUUCGUCUCAGUCAGACACAGAGGACUCACAAGACUCGGAGUCGGAGUCGGAAGAGGACAUGGAUAUCGAUGGUAGUGGGGCAGCAUUUAACGAAGUCGAGUCCGAUGACGAAAUGCAGCUUGAUUAG